AUGGCCUCUCCCACCGAAUACAAGGUCGCAGGCGACCCGUUCAACAAGCCAAACGCCGACGUCAUCUUGCGUUCGUUGGAUGGGACUCACUUCCACGUUCACUGGGUCGUCCUUGGCCUCACAUCUGGCUUCUUCGAAGACAUGGAGAAGAUGCCUCAGCCUGCCGGCGGCAGCGAACGGGCCAUCAUUCCCGUCCAAGAGGACAGCGCGACGCUAGACGCGCUGUUGCGUUUCAUGUAUCCUGGCGGCGACAAACCGGCCAUCGACGAUAUCAUGCGGAUCGGAGACGUCUUGUGCGCAGCAGUCAAAUACCAGGUGGAUGAUGUGGUCAAAUACUUGAAGAGACAGCUUUCGCUCUUCGAUGACCCUCUCCGCGUCUUCAUCGUAGGAUGCCUCGCCGAUCUCGAGGACGUGGCGUAUCAGGCCGCCAUCGAGUGGUGCCAGGAAAACGCGUUCGACCUCGAAGACACGUAUGUUCCGGAAAUGACAGUUCUCCCAUCCGCGACGUACUUCCGGCUGCUCCAUUUCUGCGAUGCGCUCAAUCGAGGAGGCGAGAUCUCGGAGAACUACAGCUUUACGCGGCCUCCCAGUGUCCUCGCGAGCUCUGCGCCGGAGCCUACCGCGACGUUCACCGUACCCAGCCCGUUCAAUCGGCCGUCCGCCCAUGCGAACAUCAUCAUCCGCUCGAACGACAAGGUCGAUUUCUACGUGAACGAGGGCAUUCUAGCCUUGGCCUCGAGCAAGCUUGAAUCCCUCCUCCACGACGCCCCGGACAGCAGUCCCAGGUCUCACGACGGCUACCGCGUCCUCGCCCUUCCCGAAGACGCCAACAUCCUCCUUCCCCUCCUACAACUGACAUACCCGGUCGUCAGCCCUCAUAUACGGGAUUGGGAGCUCCUCACCCACGUCCUGCUGACAGCGUACAAAUACGAACUCGUGAGGGCGGCGGAGCUCGCGAAGCGUGCAUGGGUCAAGGAGAUCCCGACGGAGCCGCUGCGUUCGUACUUCAUCGCCGUGCAGCAGGGCUGGACGGAAGAAGCGAAGCGAGCGGCACGACAUGCGGUCCUACUCCCCGCGGACGAGUACUGCCCGGAGAUGGAGCUCGUCCCCGCGAGCUGCUACGACCGAUUCCUCCGGUACCGCCAGAAAUGCCGCCGGAACGUCAUCAGCGCGCGCCGCGCGUUCAUGGACGACCUGUACCUGCACGCGGCGGUGGACCAGCAGGAGGUCUACGAUACGUUCUGGCACGCGCACGACGUGUCGACCAUGUUCCAUUACUCGCUGCACGCUACGUGGGCGCGCGCGGGGGCGACGAGCCCGGGGGUGCGUCCGAGCCAGUGGACGGCCGCCGGUCCACUGCCGCGGGCGCUGGGUCUGGGGGGCGAGUGGCCCGCGCAUAUUCAGCAACUCAUGUCCUGCUUGCAUACGUGGAACGGCCGGCAUGGGGACAUCUUGGAGUUGAUACAUAACUAUGAUAAGUAUGGUGGACAGGCCAUGGACGCCGUUGACCAGUUGGCCUUUGAAGUCUGA